UAUUUCAGUAUUUGAGUAUUAAAUAUUAAGAUUUAUGAAAUAUGCAUAAUUUAAAUGCUUCACUUAUAAUUACGCUUAUAAAUUAAAUUAAUAUAUUCAUGCCAAAAUGGAAAUCGAUGACGAAGAUGUUGUCGUAGACGGCACAGAUUUACAAAAGUAUUUAAGCGCUGUUGGAUACUCAGAAUUUGAAGUUUCUGAACGAAAACGUGUCGAAAAAUGUUCUCCGAUUCAAGCACAAAAAUGUUCAAAGAAAAAAAUAAUACCUACCAAAAAUCAUAAGGACUUUGAAUUGUGUGUAACAUUAAUCAAGAUAAUCAUAGAGAGCCAACUUAUUUUCAAAGAAGAUACUUUAUUUAUUAAGGAAUUUAUGCCAUCAGAAAACUUUAAAUAUCCUUUAGUUCCUACAUUUCUUACAAAAAAGAAAAGUUUUACUCUUUUUAUAUUAUCCAUAUUCUGUGGUCUCAUGAAUAUGUUUUUUUCAAAAUACUGGGAUGUCUGGACAACAGUAGGCAUGUUAAUUUUUGGGUUUGGAUGUGUGUUCAUGGAUGUAUUAUAUAGCUCAAAACAAAGCAAAGCAAUAAAAAAUACUAUAAUGAAAACCAUUCAUUCUAUGGAAAAAUUAUCUCUGCUGAUACAAAAGUCUACUCAUUUUCUUCAAGAAUGUAACAAUCUUCAUGUUAGUUGUUGUGACACAUAUGCUGGUAAAAAUCCUAAUGCCUUCAAAUACUUAUUGAUGCCAGAAUUAAAAUCAUUACUUACAUCUGUGUUACAAGAUUUGAUCAACAAUCUUGGAUGUAAUAUAUCUGAAAUUCACUCAUUUUUCCCUCUAAAAGAUUCUGUUUCAAACAUAGUUUAUUUAUACCGCACAGAUCACAAAAUUGAUUUAAACAACACUUCUUUCGAAAAUAUAAAUAAAGCCAAGUAUACUUAUUUCCUAUUACAAUCAGAAUUCUUGAAACAGUCAGCAUUGUGUUUAUGCCCUGCAUUAUGGACUUCUAAUAGUUCUUUUCAUGUGAAUCGUCUAAUUGAAACUAUUGGUAAAAUUGAAAAAAUAUAUUCAAACUUAUAUGAUCUUUUAUACAAUGAAUAUAAUAUCUAUUCAAUGUUUAAAAAUACUACAAAACAUAGUAAUCAACCGGUUCAAGAUAAUAACACAAAUUCUGAUCUGAAGUUGAAACUAUAUAGUAUUCGACAUUUCUUGCAAAACAUGAUGGUUCAUGUAAGGUUCAUAGAAGACUCAACUGAAAACUCUUCAACAUACAGUAUUGAUGAUAUAAAUAAUACAUUAAAUGUUUUAGUAAAAGAAGCCAAUGUUUUUAAUGAACUUAUUUCUACUUUACAAAUUUAUAUUUUAAAAACAAAUAAUCAUCAUACAGAUAAAACUAUAUUAACUAACGACUCUAUUGGUGUGAUUGAUCAUAUAGAUACAAAGAUCGAUGAACCGAUUAAAGAAGUCUGUGAAGAUGAAUUAUUUUUUGGUGUAUCUGAAGAACCUACAGAAAAUAUGGAAAAUACAUUUUGUAAUGAAGAAGUAUUUGAUAAGUCUAACAAUCACAAUUUAAUGUUAGAAUUGAAAGUAGCACUUAAAGAUAAACAAGAAGAAUGGAAACAACGAGAAUGCAAGUUGUUAGAAAGACAUCCACAGUUAAAUGACUUUUCUGACGAUGAAGAAUUUAAUGAGAAACAUGUCCAGUAUAUAAAUAAAGUGCGUAAAGUAGCAGUAGACUUACCUUCUAAUGAAAGUUUUUCUAUGCGAUUGCCUGAUAAAAACUUUGCUAGUGAAAUUGCCAUGAUUGCUUGUAAACGGAAUAUAGCAAUAGAGAGUUUUGGAGAUGAUUCUGAUUCAUGUACAUCGAUGGACUCAAAUGAUUCUUAAAUUAUUUUUUUCCAACAAAUUAUCAAAUUAUUGAAUAUUGUUUUCAGUUUUAUUUAUAUGAUGUCAUUCUAUAGCUGUUGUUCCAAACAACUUUUAUAUACAAAAUGAUUUUGGCUUUCAUAUAAAAAUAUUUUUAUUCAAUUAAAGAUUCAAAUAGUCAAGUGACCAUUUAAGUUGGAGCUGAUUUAAAGAAUAAUAUGAUGUAGCAGUGUAUUGGUGGGCUUCCAAAAUGUUUAUAUGCUAUAAGGAUUUUUAUCUUCAACAAUCAUAUUAACAAAUAUAAAUAAGUUCAAUUGUUACAACUAACAUACUCAGCAAUUCUAUGUAAUAUUAUGAAUAAAGAUGUAAAAACAAAAUAUUCAGAUAUUACUUAAGAUUAUAAAU